AUGGGAAGAAUUAAGAAGAAGGGAACUUCUGGUCAAGCCAAGAACUUCAUUACUAGAACUCAGGCAGUCAGAAAAUUACAAAUUUCUCUACCUGACUUUCGUAAGUUGUGUAUCUGGAAAGGAAUUUAUCCUCGAGAACCAAGAAAUAAGAAGAAGGCAUCGAAAUCCUCGACACAUUCUACCACCUUUUACUACACAAAAGAUAUCCAAUGGCUAUUGCAUGAGAAGAUUGUCGAUGCUUUCCGUGAGCAGAAAGCUUUAGAGAAGAAAAUCUCGAAAGCUUUAGGACGAGGAGAUGCAAGCGACGCUGCGAGACUUGAACGCAAUGCAUCCAGACCGGAGAAGACUGGAAAGACUAAAUACAACUUGGAUCACAUCAUCCGAGAAAGAUAUCCUACAUUCAUCGAUGCGCUACGAGAUCUUGACGAUUGUUUGUCAAUGCUUUUCUUAUUUGCAAAUUUACCCUCGACCUCAACUGUUCCUGCAAAGAUGAUUGCGAGAUGCGAGAAGUUAUGUUUGGAAUUCGAACAUUAUUUAAUCGUCUCAAAUAGCUUGCGCAAGUCAUUCUUAUCUAUCAAAGGAAUUUACUACCAGGCAACGAUACAAGGACAAGAUAUUUUGUGGUUAGUGCCUUAUAGAUUCAACCAAAGAGUCACUGGUGAUGUGGACUUUCGAAUCAUGGGUACCUUCGUCGAGUUCUACCAGACUUUGCUAGGAUUCGUCAAUUUCCGCCUCUACACUUCUGUUGGAUUGGUAUACCCACCAAAAUUCGAUGCGGCUAGAGAUGAUCAAGAUGCAGGUCUAGGAGCAUUCUCAUUGGAAGGAAAUGGUAUUGGUGCUAUUGAGCAACCAAAGCAGAUCACCAAUGGCGAUGCAAAGCCCGAUCCUAAACUCCAAGCAGAGAUUGACAAACUGAUGCUUCAACUCAAUGCACCAGAGAAGGAGGCCGAGGAGACAACCAAAACUUCACCUGAUGGCGAAGAUGAAGAGCAAGCAACUGAGACCAUUGAUAAAUUCGAGCCAGCUGCACCAGGUGGUGAUAUACUUAUGCAACCUUCUUAUUCUGCCACCGAUCCAUCGACUUUGUUCUCAAAGUUUACUUUCUUUUUAUCAAGAGAGACCCCUCGCCAACCUCUCGAGUUCAUUCUUCGGGCAUUUGGCUGCAAGCGUAUUGGUUGGGAUGCAGUCCUUGGAGAGGGUGCUUUCACUCAUAAUGAAUCAGACCCAUCGAUUACCCACCAAGUGGUUGAUCGCCCACCCGUACAGGUCCAACCUGAGGAAGAUGAGGAAGUCAAGGAAGACAACCAAACGGCACAGCGUUUGAGGCCUGGAGCUCGAGUCCCUGGUCGCAUUUAUAUUCAACCACAAUGGAUUUGGGAUUGUAUCAACGAUGAGGAGCUCAAAAGACCGGAUCUAUAUGCACCCGGUGCACAAUUGCCUCCACAUUUGAGUCCCUUUGUUAAGAAAGUACGUGGUCAGUAUGAUCCAUCUGCCCCACUUGAAGAUCAAGAAAGGGAGGACGAGGAACUCGAAAUGGAUAGCGGUAGCGAAGAUGAGGCAGAUGUCUCCGAUGAAGAGGCAGCUGUUAAGAAACAGGAUCUGGUUACAGCUAUGGACGUCGAUGAGACUGCUGAGGGUAUGGAUGUUGCUGGAUCUGAUGAUGAAUCAGAUGAGGCUCUUGAUAAGGUCGAUGAGUCUUUUGGUGGAUUCUCUGAAGCCGAAGACAGCGAAGAUGAAGAAGAGACCACUGCUCUUCGUCGUCAACGAGAACUUGAGGCUGAGUUAUCUGGUGUGGCCUUACAAGAAAAGGAAGUUGACCCGAGAGUUAAAGCUAAGACGGAUGCUAAGAAGAAGGCCGCCAAGAAAGCGAAAGAAGAAGACGAGGAGUUGGAGAGAUCUAAGAUGAUGAUGAGCAGAAAGAAGAGGAAGAUUCUAGAGAAGAUGGUUUAUAGUAAUAAAAAGAAAGACGCAGAGGCAGAGGCAUUAAGAGCAAAGAGGAGAAAGAUUGAGAAGUCUGGAAAAGCAGCUCCAAGAGACACUUCACCGAUCGAACGCCGAACGACUUCAAGCACAUAUUCGAGUUCAACCCAACGCUAUAGCAAUGACAGCAGUGAGACGGGCGAAUCUAGCACGGCAGUUAGUAAUCGAAAUAGCUUUGCGACAAGUACCUUGAACGAAGAAGGCAGUGAACAACAGGGUGGAUUGGAUGGAGGCAUAGAGGACAGAAGUAGAAAGGACGGGAGAAGCAACCAUAGGGCCCACAACAAGAGUCGAAGUAGUGGAGGAUUUCUAUUAUCAAAUUCUCUAUUCCAUCGCAAUGCAGAGAGCUCAUCUACGGCCACGGCAGAACAACAACCUCGCAAUCGGGGAUUUCUUCACGAUGUGAAAGGCAAAUCAGCGGACAAAAAGCAGAGCAAGAGACAAUCGCGUAAUGGUACUAUAGCAGGAAGCCCCCUGGCUUCCAAUGUGGCGAGCGCUCCCACGGCCCAUGACAUAGAAGAGGAAGAUAUAGUUGAUGAAAAUACGACGCCGCACAGUGAUCAUGGGCGAGGUACAAAUGCGUCCGAAAAGACUGCUACAAGCGGGCUUGAUGUUGAUUCUGCCCAGAUCGUCAAUCUGGCCCUGAAUCUUAGUGAAAGUAGAAGAAUCGCAUCGAGACGUAAUGCUUCUACACCAUUGCCCUCGAAUGCUGUAGGAUUUAGAGAUGAGAUGGCAGGAGGUAGUCUACGUCACCAUUUACAGCAGCAAAGGAGAGUGUCCAGAAACAUCUCACCGAAGCCUGACAGAAUUGAUAGGGCACUUACAGGUUCUCCACGCCUUUCAUCGGGAAUAAAAAUUGGCCCUUUACCAAUAACUUUAGAUGCAUCCGAAACUGCCUACCAAUACCAAUUCUCUUCAUCCACAUUGGCAAGAGCAGAAAAGGCUAAAAAGGCAAUUGAGCUCAUGGCCCAAUACCGGCGAUUGUUACAAUAUGUCCCUCCAUUGAAGGCCGGAUCUGUGGAGAAGAAUCAGCACAGCAGUCCAGGCUCGACGUCUGAACAACCUCAUCGCAUAUUCGGCAGGCAAUAUAAUCCUUUGCAGUAUAUCAGGAAUAGAAAAGUGCGUGCUCGAGCUCGGAUUUCCAUUGAUGGAGAAGCACAAGAAUUCGGAAAUGUUCACAAGGUUUCAUGGUGGGUAGAUGAAGUUUCGAAGGCUGCUUUAAGUGACAGUUUUGUCAACGGAAAUCAUGUAGCACUACCGCCAUUCUCAAAAGCUAUAGAAGAAGGCCAUUCGCCCCAUACAUCACCUCAGUCCGCGGGGAGUAAGAAUCAAAGCGCCCUUAAAUUGGCAAGACCCAGAAUUGACUGGGCUACUAGUCCUGCAGAUAUGCUUGCAGACAUCUUCUGGAUGGAACAGGGUGACAAUAAGACACUGAUUGAAGAUCGAAAUGGGAGACCGAUAUUUCCUCGAAAUCCUGAGCCUAGGCAAUCUAUACCACGCAAACCAGACGACUUUGACAUGCUUAAAUCGCCAGAUCGCUCCCAUCACAAGAAAUCGAACUCGGCUGUCGACCUUCGUAUCGAUACUAAGCUUCCAGAAUUCAGAUCUUCUAAGGUUGAUUCAGAUAAGCAUCUGGAAAGUAAAGCCUCCAAGGUUCGGCACAAACUACAUGACGCAGCCCAUGCGCAACAUGGCAGCCACAGUGUAAGCCGCGAGCGUUCUCGCUUUUUACGAUCUAGGAGUAGAUCUAGUUCCGAUUCCUCCGAUAGUGAACAUAUAAAAAGAUUUUCAAAACGGAGACGUAGUGGGACGAACGAAAGUCAAGACGAUCACGGUAAAGACAUUCUUGAAAAACAGAUGUUGGAAAUGCUUGCGAAGGAAUCUGGCGAUUCCAAUUGGAUGACACCCAACAAGCUGGAUAAACAGGUUUCCGUUUCAGCUAUUGAAACGCCAACUAUCCCCGUACUCAACAGCGGGGAAAAAUCGGAUUCGAGUAUAAGUUUGCAUCAAAGAAGGACGGAUCUGAAGGGUAUCAAUAAAGAUUCUCCUAUCAAGAAAAGACAUCCUUUCAUAUCUACCUCAUCAGGACGACCAAGCCUCGAAGUACCGGGCGUUAGUCCUCGAAACUCUUUGGAUGGCCUUGAUACUACUGCUCCCAACUCCCCACAAAUACGGGCCUCGAAGUUAUCUAAUUUUGUUCCUAGUAUUGGACUAGACCUCUCAUCACCUCGUAGUCGCCGGUCAUCGCCAAACAGAAAACGGGCCUUAUCACGAGUCAGGUCCAAGAUUAAUCCGUUUCGUGAGCAUAGCAGAGACCGCAGUGGUGAAUACGAACCAGAUAGAUCUCGUGUAUCGAUAGACUCUAUUGGUUCCAUAGAUUCAAGAAUUGAUCCUAGAGAACACAUUCCUGAAGCUCUCAUUGGCCGUAAUCGGUCCUUGAGCCCCACGAAGAAACUCACGUCGAGAGACACAGAUGAAAGUGCAAAGUCUUUGAAGAAACAGACAAGCCUACGGAGAGGCAAAGGUGACGAACCAUCUGGCAUCCGAGGAUUGUUCAAGGGCUCUCGUGGACCUGUUGCUAGAGUUAGCGAGUUUUUAUGGAAAAAGGAUUGGAACAGUUCUACUGCUUCAACCGAUGAAUCCGACAUAGAAGAUUUCCGCGCGCCGGUGCGCGAAAAUGAAAAGGCACUUCUUCUAGAUAGCUAUGACUCGAGAUCAGUCGAUGUGGAAGUGCCACAUGAUAAAUCGAUCCCAACUUAUCUUAAUGAAAUGCCUUCAUUUAAGUCGCCUUUGGAAAAUCGUGGAAGGUCCACACAAAGUCGUAAAGAGGAAGCAGUCAUCGAAGCAGAACCUUCGGAUGUUGAAAAUCCAUCUAGUUCAAAACUCGAACCUCCCCCAAGAAUCGAAAUAGACGGCGUUUCACCGGCAUCAUCUCCGGAAGGAGAAAACCGACACGAUUCCGAUGUCUCUGAUAAUUCAACUCGCAAAGGAGGUUAUGCUCGAGGUGUUCGCAAUGCGGACGCUCGGUUGAAUGCCAUACUCGGAUAUCCUGGCAGGGUCGAUACAAUGCCAGUAACUGGCUUGUCACACAUCACAGCGAAUGACAAUAGACGCCCCUCACUCGAUAUAAAUCGUCGUUGGAGCCACUCUGAUAGCGGGGUAUCAACUCAUCGUGGUCCCUUGACAAGACGAGACAUUGCCUACGUUAAAACACGUCUCUACUCAUCUGGCAUCAAGUCAAUGUACCUCACACGUCAAGCCGCGGAAUCAGUAGACUUUCGAACUGCGCAGGGGAAUUGCUACAAAGGUAUAGUUUCUCUCACCAAUAAGUCUCUUUCUCCGGUCCCAAGAUCACAACAACAUAUAUUAGCAGCAAGCAUCAUUAGGGAUGAUAUCCAACUUUCAGCACAAUUAUGGCAAAAAUCUCAAGAAAACUUCUCCAUGAAUACUAUUCAAACGCUUCUGAACGAAAUGGGAGCUCUACAUAGUCGUUUGGUGGAUAAUUUAACUCCAAUGGCAAGAAAGGCAGCCGAUGAAGCGGAUGAGGUCUCCAAAGAUCUGGUCACUAGUCAGAUAUUGGAAGUCAACAAGUUGACGGCUAGCAUGGAUAAGAUGAUCCGGAGAAGGAGGAGAAGAUUUAGAUGGGUGAGAAGGGGAGGAUGGGUUCUAGUGGAAUGGGCGUUGGUGGGAGUAAUGUGUGUUACAGUCCUAUUUAUUGCAAAGAAGAAGAAGUUUCACGUAUUUAAGCUUUUCAUUGCCCCUCAACCAGCUCGCGAACCAACCCCAAAAUCUCAUCAAUUUUACAUCUAUAUAGCCCAAGCUCCGGUAUACAACACCGACAAUGGCGAAAAGCCACCUCCAUCAAUCGAAGACGAGAGAAUUAGUCCCGAAACUUUCUACAAGCUAGCUGCCCUUGGCUUAGAAUCCAGCUCUGAGUCUGACUCUGACUCUGAUUCUGAGAUUGAGAAGUAUGAAGCUUAUCAGGAACCUUAUUAUGAUUACAGACAUGAAGAGAGAUCUCGUGCGAGAUCUCCAUCUCCUGAGCCUGCUUAUUGGAAAUCGAGCUCCAAACCUUAUGGGGAUGGUAACAAACCACAAGCUACUUAUGGAAGAGAAGAGUACCGCAGACCAACAGUUUUUCAUCCAGAUCCAACAGAAGAAUAUCGAGCCCGAAAGCGAGCUGAGCGCGCUGCUCGAGCUACCCAGGGGGAUGAACCUCAGCGAUCUCACUAUAGCCGUAGAGCUCCUUCUCCUGAGAGAAAAGAUCAUCGCAGAGAUAACGAAGAAUAUCGCAGACCUCAUGUUCCUGAUCCACCCCGGUAUCAACACUACAGCCCCAGAGGCCGAUCACCAUCUUCUCCUCCCACACGACCAAGAUAUCAACCCGAAUCUUCUCACAAAUCUUCUUCAUCCUCAUACUCAUCCUCUAGUUUUACACGUGCUGAGAAAUUAAGUAAGAUGGAAGAAGAACGAGAAGACCGAGAAAGAAUUAGAGAGGAUCUUCGAGCAAAACAAGAACUCAAAAAGGAAAGGCUCAGAAGACAGCAUGAGGAGAAUUUGAGAGCUAAAGAAGAAUUAGAUCACAUCAGAUUGCGAAGAGAGGAGGAAAAGGAAGAAGAACGUCUUAAAGAUCGUCUUAGACAGAGACAAAAUGGUCCAGACGAAAGAUAUCAAUCUCGUUCCAAGCACGAACCCCGCAAAAGCUCCAGAUAUGAAGAACCCAAAAUCUAUGAGUCUCGCCCGAGACCUAGCUAUAGAGAUCCAGAGUAUGGCUACGAUUAUGACAGAAAGGAAGUCAGGGUUCCAGAACCGAGAAAGGGGGAGAAGUUGAGAGUCGAUAUUCCUGAGGGGUGGAGAAUUGUUAUUGUGGUUGAGGAUUAG